AUGACAAUACUGACAGGGUUAGCAGUCACUGUACUGCAAGUCAAACCUGUUGCAUCGAGCCAAUCCCGCACAUUUAAAAUGACCACUGCGUUGAGGAUAUUCGCUAUAAAUCUUCCGUCUGAAUAUAUUGCAUGUGUCCAAAUUAUCCUUAUUAUUGGGUCAAAUAUUCAAAGCAGGCAUAUGAGACUAUUCCUAGCUAUUGCAAACAACAUUUUUUAUCCAACAACGCUUGGAUAUAUGUUACUCCAAACCAAAAUUAUGCGACUGUUUCUAUACGAUCAUUUGAAGAAAUUUGUUUGGAGAUUUCAAGUUAUGAUUAUAUUUCUUUACGCUACAUGCACACCUCCGUUAUGGCUCUAUAGGAUAGUCUUUGAUGAUUUUGGACCACCAGGAAGCUUUUGGUCAGUAUAUUCUUACUUUGGUCUAUCCUACUUACUGAUCGUACUGCUUUACGAUAUGGCCCAAAGUAUUUACGCCCUAUACUAUCUGGCUCAAGUUGUCAUCCAAAUGUACACUAAAGCAUUGCCAUCUACAGUGCUCACAGAAACAAUCAAAAAAGGGAUUUAUUUCAAUCAGAUCAUUCUUAGCAUUUUUAUUUCAGCCACAGUGCUUUCCGAUAUAGUGCUUAUCAUCCUUAUCAUGAUACCUUUACCCGAGAAUUCAACCAAAGAUAUUUUAUCGCGCGUUCAGACGGCUUAUACCCAGAUUGCAGUUGGCUUGGGCACAUUGCAUGCAAUAAGAGGAACAAUUGUAUUGGAGCGAAUGAGGGACUUCAAAAACAUUGCAGAAGCUUACAAAUCACUUGGCAUGCAAAAAUCAGUUGAAACCUCUGCUAAAAAGUUUAUAGCCGAUGAAAUCACAGAAGUUUACCAAGUUGCACGGCCAACUAUAAACUAUCCUUCUGCUCAUGCAACAAUGAGCGACAUAUCUGUGGAACUAGAUAUGGAUACGCAAAAUAAGUAG